AUGGACAAGCCAUUUGAUAUACUCAACCCCACCCCGGCUCCUCUUCCUCCUCCACGAUACAGACCCUUGAGCGAAACCAGUGUAUCAGAUCCUUAUUCGACUCCUCCGCCUGCUUAUCAACCAUCACUGCAAUACUCAAACAGUCUAUACAUCCUCCCGUCUCAGCAAACACGGUCCUCAAAGCCGAGAUCCCCAAUAGGAGCAUACUAUUAUCAGCCUUUGCCUACUCCUGAAAUCAAAGUUAUUCAUCACAAGCCUACCAGAUCUCACGAUGCCUGUUGCUGGGGAUGUUUGGUAGCCGUACUUCUCUGUUUCGGCAUCAAGGAGUGUUGUUAA